AUGUCCCUCAGCAACCUGUCCAUGUACAAGAGCUGCCCUCCCGGCCUCACAUCCUCCAACGGCACUGCCUGCAACACCGCAACUUGCAACUCCCCCUUUGUCGCCCCCGAUGCUCGUACACCCAAACCCGCCUCCGAAAAGCAGUGCACCUCCUGCGACGCUGGCUUCGGUGGCAUCAAUUGCAACGUCUGUCAAUCGCCCAACGCCUGUCAAACUCGCAAGUCAUCACUCGGUCUCAGCGCUCCCAACUCCCUCUUUGGUCAAAACGAGGCUCUUGUCUGUCAUAAGCAGCCUUCCGCCGUCCGCACCACCUACAUCGACUGCAAUGUCAAGCAAGCGACCGCCAACAGUGUCUAUCCGGGUGAGAUGCGUAUGACUCUUUCCAAGUCCUACGAGCCCGAUACUUUCUCGCAGACCGGUAUUGCUAGCUGGCCUGCCGAAAGCCACACCGCUCUGUCGCAGGUGUGGCUAGAUGGAGUAGAACAGUUCUACUGUCAGGCUGCUGGAUGCUCGGCUCGCAACUCGACUUCAACGCUCGACCCCAAUGCUAAGUUCGGCAACACACAGUGGACUUGUACUUCGUUGCAGUGCUACUGUAUCCCAGGCACAACCAUGUGUGGAAGCGGUCAGCUCGAUCUUUCCUCCGUCAUCAACAACCUCAAUGGUACUCUCAGCAUGCCUUGUGAUUACCUCGAUCCGAACAACGCCACUGCCACUUCCAGAUGUGCGUUCAGGGGAGAGCUUCUCAACAACUUCCUCGGUCAAGAAGGUCUUCCUCUCGACCAAUGUCAAUUCGGCUCUUGCCUCACCCAGUCGGAACUUGAUCAAUUCUAUACAAACGGAAAUGGAGAAGUUGACAGCCAAGAUAGUGGCUCUUCGCUAAGCAAUGCUGUCAUCGCUGGUCUUGUCAUUCUCGGUGUCGCCCUAGCUGCGAUUGCUGCCUUGGUAUUCCUUGGCUUCUCGGCGCAACGAAAGGCAAGACGUCUGACAAAUGGUUCAGGACGAGGGCCUCUGGGCUUGCAAUGGGAACACAUCAACUACACCGUUCCCAUCAACAGUGGUCUUCGCAGGAGACGCGCCAAGGCUGAGCCUGGUCAGCUGGCAGAAGUCGUACCCUCAUCCGAGUUCAACGACUCGCUCGUUCACCUCGACUCGCAUCCCUCCGGCAAGGACGACCUCAGUGUCGUUCGCAACAGCUCGGGACGCAUCGAGCCAGGCUGCAUGCUUGCUGUACUCGGUCCUUCUGGUGCUGGUAAGACGAGUCUAGUCGAGAUCCUCGCUGGGCGACACAAGAUCGGAAACGUAUCCGGUACGGUUCGUGCCAUCGACGCUCUACUCAAGCCCGAAGCUGAAGGCACCGCCUCACGCCGUACCAUCGGCUUUGUCGACCAGGAAGACGCUUUACCGGCCUUCUCCACCGUUGGCGAAGCACUGCAAAUGGCCGCCGACCUCUCGCUGCCCGAUAACGUUACUCCAGCCGAAAAGAAGGACAUUGUCGCCAACGUGAUCCAGCAGCUUGGUCUCGAGCGAGUAGCUAAUAAGCGUAUCGGCGAUGCAAGCCAUCGCGGCCUAUCAGGAGGCGAAAGGCGCAGGGUCUCGAUCGGCUGCGCUCUUGUCUCCCGGCUUCGCUUAUUGAUAGCUGACGAACCGCUAUCGGGUCUCGAUGCCUUCUCGGCUUCUCGCGUCAUCUCAGCUUUCCGCGAGCUUGCUACAGGACCGAACAUCGGUGGGACGACGGUGAUUGUGACAGUGCACCAGCCGUCUUCGGAGAUCUUCUACAGCUUUGAUCAGGUCAUGCUCAUGUCGCAGGGUGCUGUGAUCUAUCAUGGAUCGCCGAGUGAUUCGUUGGCCUGGUGCGAAAGGCAGGGAGACAAGUGCCCUGCUGGUCACAACGUUGCUGAUCACUUGCUGAAGAUUGCUUCUUCCGCUCGUGCCGUUGUUCGUACCAGCGCACUUGAAGAGAAGCGUUUGCACGAAAAGACGAGCAAUCUCUCUUCAAACAAAGGAGGUGAUGCUGGUCGCAGCGUAGCCAUUGCUUCUCCCGUUGAGAGCACCGGCACAGGUGUGGCUGCCGGCGAGUCAUGGGAAAAGACAGUCGCUUACUCGUCCAUGGCAUCGUUCAUGACGCAAUUUGCUACACUCUGCAGACGAAACUUCAUCACAGCAAGACGCGACCCUGGUGGUGCAUUGGCUCACAUUGUUGGCGCCCUCGUCAUCGGUCUCAUCGUCGGCGGAUGCUUCUAUCAAGUCAAGCUGACAAUUGCUGGUUUCCAGAACCGCGUGGGAUCGAUGUACUUCCUCUUCAUCCUUCUCUCCUUCUCGGCUCUUUCCUCCGCAACGGCUUUGACCAAAGCUCGAUCACUCAUGAUGCGCGAGCGAGCCAACGGACUGUACGGCCCUCUUCCAUGGCUCAUCAGCUACGUAGUCUACGACGCUGUCCUCAUGCGCAUGAUACCAGCGAUCAUCCUCAGCGUGAUCCUAUAUUGGAUGGUAGGUCUCAGACCUGAAGCAGACUACUUUUUCGAGUUCAUGCUCAUCGCGGUUCUCUUCCACCUUUGUAUGGCGUUGUACAACAUGCUGCUGGCUGCGCUCAUUGAGGAUCUGUCCGUUUCCAUCCUCUUUGCCGGUGUCUUCAUUCUGUUCAACAUCGGGUUUGGAGGGUUCUUGCUCAACCUGAAUGAUUUGUCGCGUGUUUUCAGGUGGUUGCAGUGGAUCUGUCCGAUGAAGUAUGCGUUGGAGGCGGUGGCGAGUCACGAGUUGAACGGCUUGCAGCUGAAGGAUAGCGUGGGUGGUGUAUCGAUCACCGCUUCGGUCUCCGUGUUCUCCGGUAACCUGUUUGCGUUCAAGAGCGAUGCCUACUAUCGCGAUCUGCUCGUGCUGGCGCUGGGCUUUGUGCUGGGCUUCUUUAUUCUUCUGGCUGGCGCAGUGAGUUGGAGAAUGAGAGAACGCCGUUAA